AUGGCAGACAAGACACAUAACGUUGGAAUCAUCGGAUACGGCCUAUCCGCAAAGGUCUUCCACAUUCCUUUCAUCAGUCUUACUCCUCAGCUCAAGCUGCACAGCAUUGUGCAGCGUAACCCCACGGCUUCUUCGUCGGCACCAAAUGACUAUCCGGAGCUGAAGCACCACACCGCCCUGGAGCCCAUGCUCCAGGACCCCGAGGUUUCCAUAGUCAACAUCCUCACGCCGCCCAACACCCACUUCAGCUUCGCCAAGCAGGCCCUCCAGGCCGGCAAGCACGUCCUGGUCGAGAAACCCUUCGUGCCCACUGUCGCCGAGGCCGAAGAGCUCAUCCGGGUCGCCAAGGAGAAUGGGCGCCUCAUCUGCGUUUACCAGAACCGCCGCUGGGACAGCGACUUCCUCACGCUCAAGAAGAUGAUCGGCGACGGCGUCUUCGGCCGCGUCUACGAGUUUGAAACCCACUUCGACCGCUACCGCCCCGAGCGCCCUACGACGUGGAAGGGCGAGCUGGGCAUGGCCGAGGGCGGCGGCGCGCUCUACGACCUGGGUUCCCACCUCAUUGACCAAGCCUACCACCUCUUCGGCAUGCCCGAGGCUGUCUAUGGAAAGCUCAUCAGCCAGCGCGGCGGUAAGUUUGACCCCGAGGACCCUGACAGCGUGAACGCGCAGCUGUCGUACAAGAACGGCCUCAUCGUUAGCGUGCGCAUCGGCGUCAUGAGCGUCGAGGCCCACCAACCGCGUUUCUGGGUGCGCGGCACCAAGGCGUCGUUCCAUAAGACGGGGCUCGAUCCGCAGGAGGAGCACCUCAAAGCCGGCAGAAAGCCCAAGGAGCCCGGCUUCGGUGUCGAAGACCCCAUCAACGGCGGCACGCUGCUGCUCGCUAAGGAGGGCGGCAAGGUCGAGGAGCGCACGAAGCUGACGGCCGAGCCCAAGACAUACCUCCAGCUAUUCGAGGCGUUCGCCAAGGCGGUCGAGAGCGGUAGGGAUGAGGACGUCCCCGUGCCGGCGGGCGAGGCGCGCGACGUUCUGCGCAUCAUCGAGGCGGUCAAAGAGAGCGCCAAAACUGGAAGCGAAGUGCGUCUUUCUUGA